AUGGCGGCUGCGGCACGUGCUUCUCAGAUGCUGCGCAGCGCCACAGCCGGACAGGCCUUGGCCUCGGACUUCUUGCGCCUGGAGGCACAAAGAGACGUCCUUGAGGGCAAGCAAUGGCAGUGCCUGGAGGACAUGGAGAACCGGAAGCUGGUGAACCAGCAGAGGCAGAAAGCUUAUGCCGACAUCCUUGACCGGCGUCUCCGGGUUGAGGGAAAGCAGCAGAGUGUCACCAAAGAGCGCAACCUGGUGAUACGCACGGAGGCCACUAAAUUGUGCAGUGGACGUGCCGAGGGCGAGGCGAUCAACCACAUCCGUGCUCGUAAAGAGCGUUUCGGAGUGGAAGUGGAGCAGAUGUGGAAAGACUGGCAGCAGCGCGUUGCCGCCAAAAUUCGGGAGGACAUUGAAGUUGCCCGCAGGGACGCAGAGCACUGCAAAGCCAGGCAACAGGAAGCCAUGGAGGCUAUGCCGGACAAAGAUGUGCCCCUCACUGCCGUGGUCGGCGCCGCGGCGGCUGCCAGCGCGGUGGUCGGCGCCGCCACGGGUGUGGCCCUCUUCAUGGCUCUGAAGGGGAAAGAGAAGGCAACGGCGAGCGAGAGCCCGGCGCCUGAGAUCCCUAAGAUGAAGAGCGCCUCUCCUGACAGUGGCAUGAUGGUUGAGGACCAGAGGUCUAAGAAAGCCGGCCUUGCAGCCACGUGGACAAAGCCUGUUGUGAUUGCGAGUCCUGCCUUGGAGCCCUUGGCCAAAGAGGUUCGCAAGAGAUUAGGCGAAGACGAGUACCCGGAGUGGGCCGGUCCGACCGUCAAUCUGGAGUACUUCAAAUCGAAGGAUCCGAACGUCAAGUUCAAUUGGAAGCGCGUCGUGGGUCGAAAAAUUGUUUUCCUCUUCGACACCGUCGACCAGACCCGGUUCUUCGAGCAGCUCUCGCUGCUUCAGGCCCUCCAGGGCUUUGCAGUUCCGGACGGCGAGGACAAGGGAACCAAGUGGAAGACCUAUGCCUUGAGCCCAGUCCAUGAAGUGAAUGCUGGUGCCUACUCGUGGGGUCGAGCUUCGCAAAUCACUGUGGUCAUACCGUGGUACAGACCAUGCCAGAUGGAGAGAACCAGCAGAUGGCAUCUGGAUGACGCCGGGAAGUGGAUAAACAGCAACCCGGAAGGAGCAUGGCUGGAUGUGCCCAAUGCCCUGUACAUGGCACGUCUUCUUGCGACUCCUGGAUCUGUCCCUCCGCUGCCCGGGCCGAACAGCUCCAUGGACGGAAUGCCGCUGAACCCUCUGUGGCGCCCGCCCUUGGAGCUGCUCUUCGUGGAGCUUCACGAGGAAGCGCCUGUGGCGCGGUCGGUUAGCGACCUCGGUGCUACCAUCAGGAUGGAGCGAUUUGUCCCCUACUUCUUGAAGAAGUACAAGGCCAAGCCCACAUAUCCAGGCAAGAACAAUGUGUACGUCCUCUUCCCUGACCACGGCGCGUACGAUCGCUAUGCGGAAGCUGUGGAGCAGGAGCUCUUCCUCGAUCUCGACCACAUCCUGUACAUCAAGAAGACAAGAGUUGGCGAGUCCAUCGGGCAGGAGCAAAAACUUUUUUAUGAUCAGAACAGGACGGAGUACGAGAAGACAAUCCAGUUCAAUUCGGACAAGGAGUGUGGUGUGAGACUAAUAACCAUAAGGCAUACCAGUAGCCAUCAUAGGAACCCCCUGUCGUAA